AUGUCUAACUUAUUCUCGCUCUCUCUCUCACUUCGUCUCUCUCUCUCUCUCUCACUUCAAAUUGAUUCUCUUUUACUCUCUCUCUCUCUCGAAUCCUGCCCUCUGAUACUUUCUCUUUCUCAAACUUCUUCUCAUACUUCCUCUCUCUCUCUCUUACUGUCUCUCUCACACUUCCUCUCUCUUACUGUCUCUCUCUCCCUCUCUCUCUCACUUCCUCUUUCUCUUACUGUCUCUCUCUCAUACUUCCUCUCUCUCUUAUUCUCUCUCUGUCUCACUUCCUCUCUCUUUUACUGUAUCUCUCUCUCACUUCCUCUCUUUUUUACUGUAUCUCUCUCUCACUUCCUCUCUCUCUCACUUCCUCUUUCUCUUACUGUCUCUCUCUCACUUCCUCUCUCUCUUACUGUGUCUCUCACUGCCUCUCUCUCUCACUUCCUCUUUCUCUUACUGUAUCUCUCUCAUACUUCCUCUCUCUCUUACUGUCUCUCUCCCUCUUACCUCAAUUUCUUUUGUCAACUUCAGCUUAACGAUAUCAAGAUAUUUUCCCUCUCUAUCUCAAUUGCAUUUCUGUUUAUACCUCUCCCUUUCUUACCUUCUAUCACUCUUAUAUUUCUGUUUAACCCCCUCUCUCUCUCUCUCUCUCUCUCUUGCGAUUCUGUUUAUCCCUCUCUCUCUCUUUCUUACAUUUCUUUUUAUCCCUCUCUCUCUCUCUCUUCCUUUCUUUCUUGCAUUUCUGUUUAUCUAUCUAUUUCUCACUUAACUUCUCUCUCUCUUAUAUUUCUGUUUAUCUCUCUCUCUCUCUCUCUCUCUCUCUCUUUCACUCUCUUAUAUUCCCGUUUAUCUCUCUCUCUUACUUUCUUGAGUUAA